AUGCCAUCCCCGACACCAGACAAAGUAACUAAGCUCAAGGCCAAGCGGCCUUCGCGACGCGUCCGGCCAAACCUGCCGCUAGUUGAGCGCACCAACGCCCUCACCAUCGAGGAGUUCAUCUCCCACUAUGUUGACCCAUCCACCACACCGGCAGUAUCAAAUGGGACGCGUCCAUCACCGCGUUCAGACGUGUACUCAGCCGCGAGCAUCUCGAGACGCAAUCUAGAAGCGUGUCUCGACCUAGUCGAGCAGACCUCCGCCGCGGCUUAUGCCGCAUCCAGCAUGGGCUGGUCCCGCAGCAAGAAGCGGCAGGAGAUGCUGCUUCCCGAUAUGAAGUUUAUGAUUAUGAGAGGAGACGGAGCAGACACCACCAUAUCCCCUAAUAACAAUGGUAAUAAUGAUGAUAAUGAUCAAUCAUCUGCAUCUGCCAAGGAAGGCCCAGUGCUGGGAUUCCUGUCAUUUAUGGUCACCUACGAAGACGGGAAAGAGGUGAUUUACUGCUACGAGAUCCACUUGUCACCCGCAGCGCGAGGAAGGGGCCUGGGGAAGGAGCUGAUGGAGCGCAUGGAGCGGAUUGGGCGCGCGGUUGGGGUGGAGAAGGCUAUGUUGACGGUUUUCAAGUCGAACGAGACGGCUUGUCGGUUUUAUGACCGGCUUGGAUACGAAGUUGAUGAGUACUCGCCUCAACCGCGCAGGUUGCGGAACGGGACGAUCAAGGCGGACUAUUUGAUUCUGUCCAAGAGGUUGAAGAAGUGA